AUGUGGCGACCGGCGCAACGGAAAAAGCACGGAGGGAUGUCGUCGGCGGUUCAGAGUUUGACGAUCUGCAGGGUCAAAGUCAAGGACGCGGUCAUUGGGGAUUUCGCGGAUGCGGCCGGGUUCGCUGGUCCAGAGCAAGUGGAUGGAUUUCGCCAGGUUAAUUACAGAGGGUAUCGAUCGAAAAUGGCGAGUCGUCGGCGUGCGAGUCGGAUGAUGGCUGGCUGGCGGGCGGGGGGUCGUCGCGAUGAGGAUGUUCUCCCUUUCUCGCCAGCUUGGGGCGUAGGCUGGCUGGCGUGGAAGGGCGACGUGUCCGUGUUCCUGGCUGUCGCCCCGGUUGGCCGCCCGCCGCCCGCCGCCCCAGCAGAAUCGCCCUAA